CGGUGCGGUGCCGAGCGGAGUCGGCGGCGGCGGCGUCAUGGAGCCGGGGCCCGGCCUGGCCCUGCUGCCGCUGCUGCCGCUGCUGCUGCUGCGCCCGCCGCCCCCCGCCGCCGCCGAGCACGUUAUUUUGCUGGACUCCAAGGAGUCCCAGGCAGAGCUGGGCUGGACCUCGCACCCAUCGAACGGGUGGGAGGAGAUCAGCGGCGUGGAUGAAAACUAUAAGCCGAUCCGCACCUACCAGGUCUGCAAUGUCAUGGAGGCAAACCAGAACAACUGGCUGCAGACGGGCUGGAUCGCACGCCGUGACGGGCAGCGGAUCUUCAUUGAGCUGAAGUUCACCCUGCGGGACUGCAACAGCAUCCCUGGCGUGGCGGGGACCUGCAAGGAGACCUUCAACCUGUACUACGCAGAGGCAGACGCUGACCUGGGCCACAGCCUGCGUGAGAGCAAGCACACCAAGAUCGACACCAUUGCUGCCGAUGAGAGCUUCACGCAGGGUGACCUGGGUGAGCGCAAGAUGAAGCUGAACACGGAGCUGCGGGAGAUCGGGCACCUCACCAAGCGCGGCUUCCACCUGGGCUUCCAGGACGUGGGCGCCUGCGUGGCCCUGGUGUCUGUGAGGGUCUAUUACAAAAAGUGCCUCUCCACGGUGCAGAACCUGGCCGUGUUCCCCGACACCGUGGCCGAGGCUGCAUUCGCCACCCUGGUCGAAGUGAAGGGCGCCUGUGUCAACCAUUCCGAAGUGGACCUGGAUAACCCUCCCCGGAUGCACUGUAGCGCGGAGGGGGAGUGGUUGGUGCCCAUUGGGAAGUGUACGUGCAGCGCCGGCUUUGAAGAGAAGGACAGCGGGUGUGAAGCCUGCCGCCCUGGGUUUUACAAGCUGUCACCCCGGCUCACUCUCUGCACUCCCUGCCCCGAGCACAGCCUCUCCCUCCAGGAAGCCGCCACGUUCUGCACAUGCCAGAAGAACUACUCCCGGUCCCCAUUGGACCCGCCGUCUGCCUCUUGCACCCGCCCACCCUCAGCCCCACGGAAUCUGGUCUACAGCCUGAAGCAGUCAACGCUGGUGCUGGAGUGGAGCGCGCCGGCUGACCUAGGCGGGCGCAGCGACAUCACCUACAGCCUGCUGUGCAUGUGCUGUGCCACGGUGCCCCAGGGCCUAUGUGAGCCAUGCGGCAGUAGUGUGGGUUUCGUGCCGCAGCAGGCAGGGCUGGUGGAGCGGACCGUCACCCUGGUGAAUCUGCUGCCCCACGCCCACUACACCAUCCGUGUGGCGGCCGCCAAUGGCGUCUCUGACUACAGCCCUUGGGUGCAGCAGCAGUACGCCGAGGUGAAUGUCUCCACCGGCCUCACAGCGCCAUCUCUUGUCACUGACAUCCGCACUGAUAGCAUUGACCAGAAGAGCAUUUCCCUGUCCUGGCAGGAGCCGGGCUUCCCGAACACCAAUAACACUGAGUAUGAAAUCAAGUACUAUGAAAAGGAUCAAAGGGAUCAGAGCUACUCGACCGUGAAAACUGCGGCAACUGCCGUGACCAUCCAGAACCUGAAGCCGGGCACCAUCUACGUCUUCCAGAUCCGGGCGUCUGCUGCUCAGGACUAUGGGAACUACAGCCCUAGCAUCGAGGUGGAAACCCUGGGAGAGCUGACGGUGGCUUCGAGCGAGCAGAACCCAGUCAUCGUCAUCAUUGUUGUGGCCAUCGCUGGGCUCAUCGUGCUGGUUUCCAUGGUGAUCGGGGUGAUGAUCUGGAGGAGACAAUGUGGGUACAGCAAAGCCAGCCAGGACGGGGAUGAGGAGCUGUACUUUCACUUCAAGAUCCCCACGCGGAGGACAUACAUCGACCCCGACACCUGCGAGGACCCCAUGCAGGCUGUGCACCUCUUUGCCAAGGAGCUCGAUGAUGCCAGCAUCAAGAUCGAGAGGAUUAUCGGGACAGGUGAGUUCGGGGAAGUCUGCCGGGGCUGCUUGAAGCUCCCCAGCAAGCGGGAGCUGCCGGUGGCCAUCCAGACCCUCCGCGCAGGCUGCUCGGACAAGCAGAAACGCGCCUUCCUGGCAGAAGCCAGCACCAUGGGCCAGUUCGACCACUCCAACAUCAUCCGCCUGGAAGGCGUCAUCACCCAAGGGAACACCAUGAUGACGGUGCUGGAGUACAUGGGGAACGGGGUGCUGGAUUCCUUCCUGCGGAAGCACGAGGGGCAGUUCACAGCCACGCUGCUGAUGGGCAUGCUGCACGGGAUCGCCGCUGGCAUGAAGUACCUGACGGAGAUGGGCUAUGUGCAUCGGAGCCUGGCCGCCCACAAGGUGCUGGUGAACACCAACCUGGUUUGCAAAAUAUCUGGCUUCCGGCAGCCACAGGAGGAUAAGAUGGAGACCAUCUUCACCACCAUGGGAGGGAAGAGCCUCGUGCUGUGGUCGGCCCCCGAGGCCAUCCAGUACCAGCACUUCAGCUCAGCCAGCGACGUGUGGAGCUUCGGCAUCGUCAUGUGGGAAGUGAUGUCCUACGGAGAGAGGCCGUACUGGGAUAUGUCCAACCAGGAUGUGAUAAAGGCCAUCGAGGACGGGUUCCGGCUCCCAGCGCCAAUGAACUGCCAGCCGCCCCUGCACCAGCUCAUGCUGGACUGCUGGCAGAAGGACCGCAAUCAGCGGCCCAGGUUCUCGCAGGUCCACAGCAUCCUCAGCAAGAUGGUGCAGAGCCCAGAGCCCCCCAAGUGCAACACCUCCACCUGCACCAGGACCCACAGCACCUCCAUCCCCCUCACCGAACGCACUUUCUCAGCUUUCCCGUCUUUCAGCUCCGUGGGCGAGUGGCUGGAAGCCAUAGAGAUGGGCCGCUACAAAGAUAACUUUGCUGCCGCCGGCUACUGCUACCUGGAAUCGGUGGCCAGAAUGACAGUGCAAGACGUCCUGAGCCUGGGCAUCACAGCGCUGGAGCAUCAGAAGACUCUACUGAGUGGCAUCCAGACCCUGCGCGCCCAGGUGAUCCAGAUGCAUGGCCGCGGCGUGCAGGUGUGAGGCUGGCCAGAACGCACGUGCUCUGAGCACCAGCCUCAAGCUCCCCGGGGAGGAGGAUGUGGCCCCCAAACCGGACCGAAUCUCUGACUGGACCGAGAGCAGCCGCGCCAGCAGGAUGCAAGGAGGUGCAGGGCUGCCACUGGCCUGGUCCGUCCAGGCAGGCAUGGGGCACCCGGGGCUUAGCACUUCCGGCCCUGGGGCAGUCUCGCAUACCCACAGCAGCAGCCUCAGUGCCAGGCUUGAUCACCUCUCCCUGUCCCCACUGCACUGAGUAGAACGAGAGUUGAGCUAGUGUGAGGCUGUUUCUGGCUGUGCCAGGGUGUCAUGGUCGGGCCCCGAGCACUGGGUCUGAAUAGAGGGUUGACAGUGUUUCUGUCCUGAGGUUCAGCCGAUUAAGUCCCCAGGGCAGCUCUUCUACAAACCAGCAUGUUUCACUGCCCUGGGACAUGGUGGGGCUUGGCACACACGAACAGCCUGGCAUUGUGGAGGUGAUGGGAGCUGUGCACUGUGCAAAGGAGCCAGGAGCCCUGCUCCCCCCGCCCUGCUGCACCCCUGCCUUCUCCAGCACCCCAGGCCCAGCCACAUCCUUGACCAACGCGUGGAGGGAAGGGUGACGUAUGUCCCUAAGGGUCUUCCGACCAGGCGAGUUUCGGGGAGGAGAGAAAAGCCCUGAUGGAAGUGGUCUCCCUGGGGGGCUGUCCUGGCAGGGCUCCUUUUGUGUCUACUUGGCUUGGUGGCUGCAUCUCUGCAGGGCCCCGUGGGAGCUCAGCACAGGGGACAGGGUGAUGCCCCUGCCACGGAUAGGCCUGGUGUGCUGGGAGCAGUGCCGUGGCAGCACGGGCCCAGCCAAGCUAGACCUGGUGGCUGGUGGCUGCGCUCCAGCACCGAUGCUGCCUUGCUCCCUCGUCUCCCCUCCCAUGAGACCUGCCUCCCUUCCCAUCCUCUUCCAGCCCACCACAGUACUAGGGGCAGCACGUGAGCGAGUCAGGUGGGAUAGCCUCAGUGCUGCUGGGUGCUGGGGGCUUGUGCCACCUCUACCCCUUUGCAGCGGUGCUGGCUCCCGCAGGGCAUGACUCCCACUCCCCAGACUCUGAUGGGUGACAAGGCACCUGCACCCUCCAGCUUCAGCCCUUCCAGUGGUGCAGCUCUGAGCUCCAUAAACGCAGCAUCCAGCCCCACAGGGGAGACAGUGGAGCAAGCAGUGCAGGGCACGGGGGGCCCAAGCCUGGGCAGUGCUGCAGUGCUGCAAGGUCAGCCCCAGCUGAACGGGUAGAUUCCCCCAGCCACGAAUAGCCGGCAAAGCCAGCUGGGCUGCUGUGGGGCCAGGCUGCCUGUGCUGGUUGCAGGCGAGUACCCCUUUCCACCCUGUCACGAGGGCUGCCUGGGCUGAGUGGUCUCACCUGGUAGAUGUAGCAGAAUAAAGCACAGCAGGAGGCCUGGGCUCUCCAUCACCAGUCAGUGCUCCUGGGAGCUGGAGAGAGGAGGCGCGUGGGAGCGUGGCUCUGUGGUGCCGGAAGCUGGGCUGUGCUGAGCCUUCGGCAGUGGAGGGCACCCGUGCUGCCGGCAUUUGUGUUUCUGACAGUCUGAGGUCAUUGCCAUGGUGAUGCCACUUGAAUAGUUGCCCAGACUGUUAAUUCUGGGGCAGCGGUGGGGCCUGGGCAUCAGCAUUGUGUCCAUGAACCAUGGGGCUCUUGGAGGCCUUGUCAGGGAGCCCACCCACGCCACUCACAGCACUUCUAUUUUAGCUGCAAAUAGUCGCUCCGAUGCUGCAGCCUUUGUGCGCGAGAGCUGGCGCAGACCCCGCAUCACAAUGGCAUCUGCUUCCUCAUCCAGGUUUCCUGGAAGCGAGUUAAUUAACUGAUCCAAGUGGGUGUGCAGAGUUCCACGGGCCUUUCAUUAGCGGCUGUAAGUAAGACACGUGAAUUAUUGAUGACGGAAGGCAAAGAUUUGCAAAGGGAGUGCAUGCGGGAGCAGGUGCUGCCAGCGCAGGCAGGAAGCCUCCGCGUUCCUGGUGGGCUCCACCAUGGAGAGAGGACUCUAGAGCGAACUUGAAUGAGGGGUCUUGGCUCCUGACGUGCCCGAGAGCACGGCACAGACUGGAGCCCCUGCCUGGACCCUUCUGCUCCGGCAGAGCCGAGGCAACAAGGAGGCAGUGCUGGUGUCUUGAUUUGUCUCGUUGAUCUGGUGACCUUUGCAGAGCCAGGUAUUUUGGAGGAAGGCGCCAUGUGUGUAGCAGGGUUUGAUCAAAGGGGUUUGGUCCACACGUGACUGCCCUGGUCUCUCUUUUGGCUUAGCUGUUUCAGACCAGAUCCAGCAGCGCCGAGCACCCCUGGAUCUGUUUGCAGGAGUUAGUGUCACUUAGGGUCACAGUGGUUUAGAUUGUGCUCUCAGGUCGCGACUGGGUCUCGGGCCUGCUCGUAGUUUCUUGUGACACUGCUGACACUCCCGGGGGACUGGGCAGGCAUGCUUUCCCGCUCCAGCGGCUCAGAGGGGCAGGCUGGUUAUGAGAGAUCAUCCUCCUUCCCUUGCCAGUUUCUGGGCUGAGUAAACCCAGGAGAACUCGAGGCAGCACAGCACAAGCCAUGUGCCGUGCUCACAAUCAGCUCUCCGCUCCUCAUGGAGAAUCGAACCUGCCAUUUGAGCUACAGAUGCAUGGAGCAAGCUAGACCGACACGCUUGCAGCUCACCUGCUGGCGAGCUCCCUCCUCCCCCUGGCCAUGCCGUCAGGGGACAACAACAUUCCCCAGCGUCACCUGGUUCAUUUUUAAAAGGAAACCUUUGUUUUCCGGGCCCCCUCGGAGGGUCUGCACCCCGCGAGUUCACCCCCAGACAAGCAUUGAAAUCACCGACUGAACCUUCGUUUGCUAGAAAUGCCAGAUCCUGAGGAUCAAGUGCAAUUUGUAUGCUCCUUGUGUUUACCCUGUACUAGAGAGGCAGGCUAUUAGAGUCCUGCCGGCAGGAAGCUGAACCAACUUGAUUCCUGGUCGUUUCAUCUGGGAUGAAGCUGUCCUUGGCUUCUCUGCUUUUUGUCCUCUCUGCUGCAUCCCUGUGCUCAGGGCUGUGCCAGGCUCCCUGGGCAGAUGCUUGCUAGGCCGUUGCAUCUGGUUCUGGGGUCAACGCUUGAACAAGGGGCGUUGAAAACCCAGAGAAGAGCUGAGAGAGUGGCCCCGGGCCUGGGGAACAAGCCUGCAGCAGGCAUCUAAAGAGCUCAACUUGCUCAUUGCCAAAAAUGCAAACAGGCGACGCACCUCCCCGCAUCUGUAGUCCCUACAAGGGGGAAGAUGCUGUUGGAGGGUCUCCGCUAGCAAACAAGGGCACAGCCGCAGCCCCCGGCUGGAAACGAGUCAGGCCUGGGCCUUCCUGCACAAUUCUGCAACGCGCAGAAUUAAUGUGGCAUGAAUAUGACCCUCAUCCCCUUUGGGCCAUGUCAGGCCUUUUCACCCCAGGCUGCAGACAGCAGACAGCUCGCUUUCUGCCAGAGCCAAUUACCAGGGUUGUUUUCAACCAUUUCUCCAAGUGUUUCACCCGCUAGCUUCAUCUUCCCAGCCCUCUCCUCCGUUCGUCGUGCAACUGCAGCCUCUGCUCGGGUUGUGUUUCCAGCUGAGCGCAGAGUGAGCCUGGGGGUUCGGUUACCUUCUCGGCUGGUGCUUGCGCAGGGCUCGGCUGUGGUCCUUUGGGAAGGCCGCUGCCCUUCUCAUUCUUCCCGACUACAGAAACGGGGCAGCUUCGUCUUCCUCCAUAGUGCCCAUCGGGGAGCGCUGCCCUGAUCCCUCCAGUCCUCCCUAAUUGGGUUCCCUCAUCAAGGCAGCAGAGGACAAGAUGAAUGGAGCAAGCUCCAGGCUGCAGUUAUGUGUUUAAUAUUAACUCACAUCCCAUUAGCAACUAAUCCUUGGGGAAGCGUUGAAUGCCUUCUAAUUAAAUUAGACUGCAGCAGUGCUCUUCAGCUGCUCCACCAAAGGGAGCCUUUCCAAAUGGGUUUCUUCCCUGCCCGUGUGACCUUUGACACAGCGAAAACCAGCGUCCUCCUCUCAGCACCAGAGACCCCGCGAGCCCACUGGCCGCGAUAAGGGUUUAAUGGUCUUGCUGCGGCACAGGCGCCAGCUUUUCAUAGGGGCAUUAGCAUUAUCUGAUGUGGCUGGAGGAGAGUGAAGAACCUUUUUUCUUGGUAAUCUGCAGGCUUUGCUGGCACUAAUAAAUGCAGUUACAGCAGGAUUAGAUUGUAGAUGCUUGUGCAUCCUGUUGGCAGGGCAUGAAGGAGCGGGACAGGAACGUGAGCAGGUUGGAGGCUACAGGCAGGUAGGAGCAGGCCAUCCAAACAAGGGAGGCUCUUGGGCCAGGGACAUCCCUUCAUUUGCCCCCGAGUGCCAUCCAGCACCUGGGUUCAUUUCCCUUUCGAGACAAGGCUGCAGCCCAGCCCUGGAGCAGCCAAACACCGCGGCCCCGCUCCCUGGGCACCGGUCCCCUGCAGCGGAGCAUGUACAUCGGGACUUGGCGGUGCUGCGUUGGUUUAAAUCGUCCUUGCCCAUCCAGCCCUGGCUGCCUAUCUCCAGGUGUGGAAGGGCAGCGCUCCAACAGUCGGUUCCCCGGCUUUGCAGUAUCCACCUGGCUCCGUGAGCAGGAAUCCACCUGCACGGGCUUCUCUCCUGAUGCCUCCCCUGUGCCGGCCGGAGCUGCCUGGAGCAGCUCCCAGCCCUACCCGGGCCCUCGGGGCCGGCGCAAACUCACCUGCCAGGCAAAGUGCAAGUUUCAUUCUGGCAUCUCCCAGCUCCGGGGAACCGCUGCUAGGCCCGGGGGGUUUCCAGCAGGCCAAGUCCCAUCCCACGAACCAGAGCCGGGGCCCAGGAGAAGAGAGGAUGCAGCCUGGACCACGCUUGAGAGGGCUGAGCCUCAGAGAGAUGCCCAGUACCGAUCGGUCUCCAUCGGCUGACUCGCCAGGACAGCUAGCAGGCGUGUGAACGUGUGGUGUGCUCCUUCGUCCGCCCCAGGAAAAACCAGAAUCAGGUUGGUUCAGCUCUUUCUGCUUUUUUGAUAUCCAUUAACCCCCUGUUAUAUAGUGUAAAUACAGACUUGAAAAGGUACUAUAUAUUUUUAUAAGUUUUGAACAAAUGUACUGUACGAUGACAAGGGACACUGUGUACGUUUCGCUGUCUAACGUCUGUUUGGAUGUGUCCGGGGAAUGACCGGUGUUUGGGACUCAUCCCAGCCGUGCUGCUGACGAGGCUAAGAAUCGAGCUCUACCGGCCUUUUCUUUCUCUUUGUUAACUUUGUGUUGACGGAGCCGUGUGUGCAAGUUGCAAUAAAGAGAAACCCAAAUGCCGGCCGUGC